CGCGAUGGUAAUCCACGGUACGCAAUUCAGUCAACAAAAGGAUAUGCAGAUGCAAUAGGACCAACUAGAAAUGACACAGUCUUUGCACACGCGAUCGUGCUCGUGAACGACGUUGGAGGAGAGAAACGAUUGAAAGGAACGAUUGGCUACGACAGCCCAUUAAGUGUCUUGGCGUAAAACGCGUACGCGUCGCGAGGUCGCGACGAUCGCGAACCCCUGUCGCACUAAUCCAUCCAGCCACGGACCAUGGCCUGCCCUCAUAAACAAACCUUUCUGCUGCCCUCGCUCGACUAUGCAAACCACUAUCUCAACUUCACUAUUCCUCUCUUCCGGCCAUACUCAAGCAUUCUUCAGCCGAAUCACAUAAACGCCGUCUAUCAAUACAAUCCGAGCCACCAUGGCACCCGUGGACUCAACUACUGCUUUACCCGCCGAACUCCUUAACCUCCUCGCCCUCCACUCCUCAUUCCUGACCGCGCUUUCUCUGCACUACGCGCACAAUGGCAUCGCCACCCCAGUCGAUCUUUCCCCCCUAACUGAGUCUGUCUCCAAAGUCUGGCGCCUCCGAAAAGUCACCUACGAUGAUAUCCGUCUCUGCAUCGGGGUCCUCGAGGCGGGGCCUACAGGCAACCGGAAUCCUUUCUACCUCUCAGACUACGGCCGCGGAAAGAUCUGUCUUGAAGUUAGGGAAGAACACACGAUGAGUAGAGGUGGAUUGAGCGUGAGCGAGGAGACACUCAAGAACAUGUUCAUGGUUAGCCUGGAUACACUGUGGUCACAAUGGACUUCACCAUCGCCCUCGCGCGUCAUUGCGACCCCCAAGAAGCGCGGACGACCAAGAAAAGCGGAUACCAAGCAACCCAGCAUUCAACCUUUCGUCUCCGAGCACAACAUCACAAAGUUCAUCGCACAACUUCCACAUGCCGAUAUCACGACCUGUUCAUCCUUAGCCGCAAUCGCUCCACUGCAAGAAAAAGGCCGCAAGAGGCUGCGGGAAUUUAAAGACAGUGUGCAGCAAGGGCGCUCAACUAAAAAGGCACGAGAUGCUUCUACUACUGUGUUCCCCGACAAAGAAAACGCGCCGCUCCCUAAAAACGAGAACGCACAGAUCAAGGUGGAAGAAUCACAGACCAAAAUGACAGACUUCGCCUCUGUCCGCAAGACUGCCCUUCUCGACCGCAUCAUGGCGAAGCAAGCCCUUGCUGCAUCCGGUCCUAAGCCCCUGAGCCCUGCCGAGCUGGCGCGAAACUCCGCCCUACAGCGUUCCGAGGAAGUUUUGAGCGUGCUAUCGCUGCUGUGUGCUACCAAGGGCCCCGGCUUGCGCGUUUCUUUCUCAAUGAACACUCUUCUUCAAGCGCUUCAGCAAUCAAUCCGCUCGCCAAUCUCUCGCGAGGAAGCGCUCAAGUGCGUAGAGGUUUUGGCGGCAGAAGUUACACCGGGCUACGUAGGGAUUGUACGAAUGGGUGCAAUCAAUAGCGUGGUCAUCAAUCAAACGAUGAGGCCUGUGGACGUCAAAGGGAAAUUGGUUUCGCUGGGUGUUGCUAUGUGA